AUGGCCUCCUUUCUCAAGGAGAAUAAUUUUAUAUGGCUUCUGGCAAUACUUUGUAUUGUCUUGUGCGCGGGGAUUGAGGGAAAAGGAAGCCUUCAAGGAGAUCACAUCGUUUUUUCUCCAUUGCGUAUAGGAAAUAACUACACAUUGAAUAGAAGCAAGAGCGACUGGUUCCUGUCCAGUUAUGAUUCAGUCGCUGAAGCUGUGGUUUUAUCAUUGAAUUUUUCUCCUCCAUACGGUAAGAAAUUUUAUGAAGUCACUAGCGGAAAAGCAGGAAAUUAAGCCUUAAAUUGGCUUUGUUAAUGAUACCGAGGGAUUUUUCGCGGUGUUGGGAGUUUGUUGAAGGUAAAGGUUGGCGAGGUAAAGAAACAUUUCCUUGUGCAAUAGCCUGUGAACAGCAGCCUUCAAGUUAAUGACAGAGUCACUCAUGUGUAUUAAACCAUAACAUUUUUAAACGCGCUUUAUCUUUCAAGUUUGUAAAUCGCCUAGCACUUUUCCUUAAAACAGGAAAUUAAUAUCUAAGCUCGGCAAGAUUAGGAGACUGAGGAGAGGAAGAAAGGCAGUGUUAUUCCAUAAACUUUUUUGGCGAGAUUUCAAUGCUUAUUUCAAUAUACCCGCUAUAACAUUUAUCUUAUCAAUUCAAGAAAGUCUUGAAUUGAUAACAUAAGUCUCCAGAAAUUUAGAAACUUUCAAUUCUCUUUGCGGAAUAUAGAAAGUCUGGCGUAAAGGCAUCACUUCAGUCUCAUCUAAAAGGAAAAAUAGUGAGAUUUUCAGCGUUAUACUUUGUUGUAUUUUACUUUCUUCAAUAAUUUAGCGCCUGCUAUUUUUUGAUAGCCGCCGUAAGAGAAAGAAAAAGACCAUGUUAUUUCCCAGAUUGAAAACAAAGCUUUUCUUUCCUUUUAGCACUCAAAAACACCGGCCGUAUAUUCCAUCUCUCUGUCGCUUAAUUGUCAAAAUCAUUGACUUUUUCUUUAACCAGUAAACCACCCUUAAAAGAUCAGAAGUUAAGUUUGUAAGGAAACCUGCAUCUUAACGGCGAUGUUUACAAUUGGAGCAGUGCAGGGUAACCAUUGUGUGAUUUUCGGUACCUGCAAUUUUUCUCAGGUAUCUGGAGAGACUUUCUAUUGUAUGACGGCGAGUUUCUCGUACUUUUAAAUAUACGUGGCCCAAACAAAUACAAUUAAAGCUGUUUUCUUUAGGUGAAUACUAAUCAUAUAGUUUUAAGACCCUUCGCGAAAUUUGAUAGAAAUUUCAGAAAGAUUACAGUACAUCACCCACACUUUUAAUUAACACUACCUAUAUUUGUUAAUUGAACUAAUUGAAUCGGAGCUGAAGUUGUUCAGGUUCACUCAGCCCUUACACACAACCCUUAUAAUUUUCCGUUUCACAUGGUAACAAUGCUUCAAUGUCCAACAACAGGACAUUUCUUAAAUUUUCACAUUAAAUUAAAUCUAGCAACCUCCAGUUAUUUACCACAUUUUCUUAAAUUGUAAUAUGAAGACUUCCUUGCUGUCAUCCAUAGCCCGCUAGGAUGAUAAACGGACAUGAUAAAAUCUUCGGAAAGCUGUACUCCAGCGCAUUCAUGAAUUUUGAGAUUCGGUGUUAAAACAGAGUGAUACAAUUUAAGUUUUCAGCCAAUUUAGUUCAAAAGAAAAAAAACCUUCCGGCCAUGCUGGAUAGAAAUCCAGGAUGCGUGUACUUUGACGCUCGACCUUCGGCCGAGUGCUUCGCACUUUACGGCAAAAAGCCUUGACUCUCAGUAAUCAGUAACAUGCAUUUUCAAGUGUCAUGUUUCAUUCUUAAACCUUAUGAAAUUCACCAAAAAUUUACAACCAUCUCAACCAUCUGCAGCAAUCUAAAAUUCUUGUGUUUCAUCUUUUGUAGAUGCCAUUAAAGAUGGACUGCGAAGUCUUGAAGGGAUCAAUAAAUUUACGGCUGGGGACAUCGCAAAAAAGGUAAAAAGUACCCAAUCUACACAAGUCCUUUUAGGAAACAUCUAAAUAUUAAAUUGUUAAAGAAAUUUGAAAACUGUGAUAAUUAUCUGUACUAAAAAAUAUUUAUUUUUUUUCCUUUUUUCUCCUGUAGGCAAUUACUGAGAAUCUUCCUUUGACACUUCUGACAUGUGUCUCGCUCAUAAGCGCUUUUGGAAUACCGCUGGUCGGUAUCAUAUUUGGCUGCUUUCGGUGCAAGGGGAAAUGCGGCGGUGCGCUGAUAGAGGAGGAUCUGGAAUCAAACCCAAAGAAACGUCGGCAAAUGUUUACAGCAGCAAUUUCCAUUUGCACGCUUUUGAUCAUGUAAGUUUGAUUCCCUGUCUGAUUAGCGACUAUAAUUUUCAAAUUUUUAAAGGUAUCUUAUUCAAGAAUCCAACUGAAGCACGCUAUUGACAGCAAUCUCUUUUUUUUUCAGGAUCGCUGCUUUUUCAAUCAGUCUGAUUAACGACAGAACUGACAAUGCAGCCCCCGCAUUAGAUUCUCUCUUUAUGGACUCCAUUGUGGAUAUCGCAAUUUACAAGGAGAACACUUUGAAUGUAGGCUUAAAACUUUUUUGGUGAUACUUGUAAUUCCGACACUAGAUGCUUCAAUUUUGUUUAUAAGUAUGGAAUUAAGGACUUUUCGUAUUUUUACGUAGUCUAACCAUCAGUAGUAGAGAGUUUGUGCCUUGCUUCCUCAAUAUCUGACGUCACUACAGAUAAUCCCCUGGUCUUUAGUUCCUUAUUUACGACAGUCUCUAGUAUUUAUUGAUAACCCUGACGGGAGAUCAACCAUCUUUUCCUCACAUAAGGCUUCAUGUCACAUGGUUUUUUAGGGGAAGCGGAGGAGGGACUAGUCGUCGCUAACAGAGGAAUGUAGAAAAAUGAUUAUCAAUAAGAGGGUAUCAUUAGAAUAUUACAGAGCCUUGGUGGGGUGGGGGGGAGGGGGGUUCUGGUAAAUCUGAUUAUGAACCAACCGAAAUCCUCCCAGGCCACUCCCCUAUCCCACUGGGCGAUAAAUAAAAAUAAAAAUUAGCAGAAACGGGAUAAAUAAACUAAUUAAACUAUGAAUACGAAAAAAAGCAAACUAACAGCAAUUAGAAUCUGGCUGAGUAUAGUAAAAAAACAGAAGUGAAUUUUCUCUUAUAUCAUUGGCCUAACAAAGAAAAGUUAUCAGCUCAUAACUCUAUUGCGGAUGAUGCAGCGAGUGGACUCGUCAAAAGAGGGCUUAGACUGCGUAUGGCCUAAAAAUGACGAAGUUUACGAAAUUAGUUUUAAGCUCGUAAAACAAAUCAAUUUAGGGGCCUAAGCGGGGGGUGGCGGCGGUGGAUUUUGGAAAGAUCACAUUCUUUUCAGGGGCAUGGAGGGGGGUAUUAGUCGUCGCAAACAGAGUAGAAAGGGGGGCUGACAAUUAACUGCCAUGAGGUGGGGAUCAUGAUAAUGAAUAUUGCAGAGCCUUAUGGGGGAUCAUAAGCGAUGAAUGACGAUCGCUUUUUUUUUCCUUUAAAUCAAAAACGGAUUUGAAUCAUUUUUUAAGCCUAAAACUGGAAUCGACAAAAAACGAAAGUGACAAGUUUUUGUAGGAAAUUGUAAAAGAUCUAUUUUAUGUGUUAUUUGAAUAUUUUUUUUCCUUAGGAAUUAUCUGAAGUAACUGGAGAAAACAUGAAUUUUACGAUCGGUCUUAUAUCCCAGGAACUAAACUGUAAGUUGUUUUAAGAGACAUCUGAUGUAUGUUGCAUGGAUCGAUUACCUCUAGAUUAACUAUGAGUACUUUUGAAACCUGUUAUAAUUAUUGUUUCAUAGAUUUACCAGUUAAUAUAACAACCCCGGUUAUAAAACGGGCUGACAACGCCGCAAAAGCAGUUCUGGACAACGUGAAAGAACUUGGAUCAGGUAGGUAUCCUUCAUUAUUGAGCUGACGGUGCUGUGCCCUCAAAAUGCUUUCAUUCAAUAAAAAUAAAGCUGGCGUAGUUUUUCUAGAUUACUCGUUUAUCAAAACUAAAAUAGACACGGUGAAGCCAAAUGAUUGAAACUGCCGCCUGAAAUUAGAUACACGUUGGAAAAAGGGAAAAAAUCAGUGGAAUGAAAAGUCGUAUGUUUUGCCAAGGAUGAUGGUGUAGUAGGCGACUGUUUCGUAAGGAGAAAUCCGAACACCAGAGCUUGCAGGCUAAACAUACGACGGUAGACCGCCGAUUUCCGGUUUUUAUCGAAACUGCUUAAAGUAUACCUCAUGUCCAAAAGACCACAAGAUGGCCUAUUGAUUUUAUUGAGGGGAGAUUCAAUCUCUUCCAAUUUUCCUCUCUUGGAUUGUGUCUUGAACUGUUUUGCAGAACUUGGAGACCUAAGGGACUCUUUAAAAGAUGUGGCAGAUAUUGUUAAGAAUUUACGUAUGCUCGGCCAAAAACUUCGCGAUGGUUUGAGCGAGGUGCGAAAGAACUUGACAGAAGCGAAAACAGAAUGUAACAAUGAUGAGCCGUCUAAAACUGCUGGUGCUUGCGACAAAAUACCCAGUGGAGACCCCUUAGAGGCCGAUGCGGACUUCAAUAAGGUAAUGCUACGAGCUAAAUACGAUUAUCUUAACUCUUCGUUUAAAAACAGAAUUCUAUGCUACGUUUGUAACAUAUUUUCUGUCUAUGUACUCGUCGUCGGGUUUUUCUCUCGAAAAUAACUCGUAGCUUAUAUCACAAACUAGUGAAAUUCCCAGACUUUACGGACCAUUUCUAAUUGCACAUGGGUAGAAGUCACCGUUUGCCUCGGUUUUCCUUCAAUGCGCUCUCUUUAAGCGCUCUAGAAACGUUGGAACAACUUUCUAACCAAUCACGACUUCUACACUUUCACUUUGUAUUUGAUGGUUUUGCUUUAAUUUGACAAUCAAUCGAAAAGCGCUAUAAACCUAACAUAUCGCACUUUAAAGCAAUUUCUAAAACUUAAAGCCUGCCCUUUUCCAAGCCAAGAAUGAAAAUAGGUGCGGCACAAAUAUUAUUUUGUUCUGUAGUCUGAUCGUCCGGGUGAGUGUAAGUCCAGAGAAGGAAUGUUAGGAAUGUUGAGGGAAAGUCGCCAUAGGAGUUAAAUGAGGAGUUCUUGACAGUCAAGUGUAUACAGUUCGGUUCGUGUAACCUGAUUGGUCAGUUUAGCCGUGAUGUUACCGGCCAUAAGACUCAAGUGGCGUAAGUUGGUCUUGAGUGGUCAGUCUAUGCAUCAGUAAUGAAAGAAAUAUUACCUAAGGACAAAAACUAUGAUUUGAAAAGAUGUUUCUAACUUGCUGAAUUAUUAAUUUUGACCGUUCCUGAUUUUAUACUUGUUCUUGGUCCUUUCAGGUUCCAGAUUUAGCUCAGGAGUUGUCGAACAUUGAAGGAGUUCUUGCCAGAAACGACUUCGAAGCACAAAGCGUUCAGGUAAGUAACUAGAACGUGGAAAGCAUUAUUCUGCAAUUAUUGAAUUUGACGAGGAUACUGGGAUAAAAUUACUAUUGAAUUAUUUCAUUUAUUAAUACAGACGUUUACAUUUUAGGGGCAAAAUAGAUUUAUGUCAAUGACAGCAAAAGUCAACGAGAAGAUAUUGUCGGGAAGGGAAGGUGUGUGUGUGUUUCCUACAAUUGAAGCUGGAACCAGCAAAUCCAACAAAAAUUAUUCCAGAAAAACAAGUCUUAGCUUAGAUGGUUUACCCUUCUUCCUCUUUCAGAGAUAACAAAUUUUACCAAGGAACUUCAAGACUUUGCUGCAAAGAUGGUAAAUACACUGGAAGACGCUGGUGAUUCGGUAAGGUUCUUCCUCAGUGUUAUAAUCAACAACGAUAAGAAGCAACAACGAAAAACGGCAAGAAAAGCAACAUAAAUAAAAACAACAACAGCAAAAUAGGAAUAUCAAUAAGACCGUAUUCAGUCAGUAUAAUUUAGGCUAGUCCUGCUGCAGUAGUUUUCCUAAAACUUCACCUGAUUUGGAGACAUCAACAUCAUUACCAAGUUUUGCUCCCUCGCGCGUUCUAAACACUUGACAGAUGUUGUGAUUUGGCUCAAACCAUUUUCUGCUGUAUCUGGCAGAGAUAUAGAAUACCGAAGACUAAGACUAUCUUAGCAGGCUUUAAUUAUUUUUUAAUUUUUCCUGUAACUUUAUUCAUUUCCCCCUCUCCCUCAUUUCAAUAUCGCCUAGUGUUACAAAAUGCUCACUUAUCUGUUACAACAUUGUUUAGUGGGGAAAGGAGGGAUUUUCAGGUACCUUGUUAAAGAUUCAGUAUAAGAUUUCUGUUUAUCGUGUUGAUUGGAAGGCUGUCGAACACCUACUGAAGGGAGACGUACCAACUACCUCGGCCACUUAUUGUUCGUCUAUAUAACAACAAGAAAAUAUGAUCUCCCAUUAAAAAAAAAUAAAACUUGCACCUGAAAACAGCCAGAGACUAUUCUUGUUCAAACUCAGGCGCGUGUUGAGCUAAAAUUUAGUUAUUAAACUUGUCGCUUGGCGAUCAGUGAUUUGUGGCGAUUUAAGGUGUCACAACUUUUUCUUCUCAGUUGCAAACAGAAAUUCUAUUGCCAACAAAAACAGAAGUCCACACUAUAUUUGGUAGAGGAGGAUUGUUCAACAGAUAUGAUAAAUACAGGUAUUUAAUAAUGCAUUGCAAAAAUAGGAAGGAGUGGUUUAAAGAAUUUGUCUGAAGGGUUUUUAACGUUUCAUUCAAGUGAUGUAUUGUUGAUUUUGUCAAAUUGCGUACAUUACAGUGAUACAUGACAUAAAAAUGAUUUUGAAGAGAUGCAUCUACCGUAUUUCAUCGAAUACGCGCCCACGUUCUUGUAAGCGCUCUCUCCCCUGAAUAAGCUCCCACCUCAGGCCAUAAUAGGGAGUUUAAGUAAACCACGGCGGCAACGGCAACGAGAACGUCUCUAAACAAAAGGUUUAAAGAGCAGAACAAUGGCUGUGCACGUGCGUUAUAAAUUUUUGUAAAUUUCUCUGCGUCCUCUGCGAAACAACAACGUGAAAUGACCAAACUUUGCGUUGUCUGGAGAACGUGAACGACGACAGCUAAUUUUUUAAAUUUCUAAUUUAAGGCUGUGCUCCAUAUUCAGUUUCGAGAUAGUUUUGACCGUGAAAAACAAACAAAAUGACAUUUGAGUAUCGUGAGAUUCGUAGGUAAAAUGAAGGUUCACUUUUUAACCGACGUUGUCCAUGGCGUCACCGUCGUCGUUUCUUAAACUCCCUAAUAGGGACCUUAAGCAGUCAGGACGGCAACGCUAAAGAAGGCUUCGAGUAAAAAAAUGAAUUUCUGCCUUUAAUUAGAAUUUCAAAAAUAGUUGCAUGUGUUUACCGUCUCAUACGGCGCCACACCUUAACUUCACUCAACAAAUAGAGAUGCCUUGACUGUGCUCUGUUCUGUUAUAAAGCACGCAGGAAGCGGCUAGAGCACGAAAGAAGUGUAGGGAGAAACACGAGACGUAGUCGAGUGUUUCUCCCCACUUUCUCCCCACUUUCUCUCCACUUCUUCCACAGCGGUGUGAGUACACGAGAACAGUUUCUUAAUAAGCGCUCCCCUCGCUUAAGCGUCCUCUCUCUAAUACAUGUUCCUCCUUUAAGCCGAAAUUUUUAAGAGGCACCCGAGCGCUAAUUCAAGGAAAUAUGGUAUAUACUGACUUAGUUCGAACUCUUAAUUCUGUUAAUUCGUGCAAGGUGUAUGUCGAAGUUUUUUCCAGUUGCUGUGACGAACAUGGGGAUAUCGUAAAAAAGUAUUAAUCUUAAAUUCACUCUUCUUUAAGAAAUGCUUUAAGAUAUCAGUGAUAAAGUUUGUCAGAUAUCUUUGUGAUAAAUCCAGACUAUGAUUUCAGACGAUUGACACAAAAAUGUCUAGUUUUCAGAAAAGUUUUCUUAUUUAUUUACAUCAGCACGGGUCGUCGACAUUUAUUCAUCUUUCAGGUGGAUUACCCUUCUGUCAAUCUCUCUCGCUGUUGUUUUUGUUGUUUUGUUAACCUUCCUGUCUCUCAUAUCCGGUGCUCUCGGUGCCAGUCCUUCGGAUACGCCUAGCACGCGCUCUGGCAUUUCAAACUGCGCGGGGAAUGCACUCAUGUGGUAAGAAGACAUUUCUUAAUCAAUGUGGACUUUGUCAUGUAUUGCAUACUGAAUGACUCAUUUUACAGCUUAACUAAAUAAACAAGUGUAGGAAUUGGAAAGAGGAUUGUUCGAUUCUGUCCAAAUACAUAAGACAAUAAUAAUACCUUUCGUUGAUAUGAGCAUAAUAAUGAACAAAUGGAAGAGUAAUUCAGAAUGUUGUUUUUGAAACUCUUUAGUCCCACCACAACCCCAUUUUAAGCAUCGUAUUUUAUUGGCUUAUUUUUUCUCAUUAUAAGGUUCCAGUGGAAAUUAAACAGCUGAAUUAGAAACUGAGUAGUCCGGGAUUGGGUUGGUUUGUCUCUCUACGUUCUGUGGAUUGGUUUAGAAACCUCGCACCACUCUCUCAAACAAUCAGAUACGAUGUAAAACCAAUUUUGUCGUCAUAUACACUCUUCUGAGCUUAAAGUAACAUCAGUGUAAAUUUGACUUUGUGUGCUCAUCGAUUCCUUUUGAUUUUCAUCUUUGUUUUGGUUGGUUGUGUUAAAUACUUUUCCUUCUUUGCUCUUGCGACAAUCGAUCGGAAAACGCUCUACUGUAAGCAAGGUUUCUCAACUAAAGAUUUUUUCGUUGUUUUUUCCUCCCAUAGUGUCGUGGCUUUGUAUUUCUUCAGUGCUUUCUUCCUCAAUUUCAUUCUCGCUCUUACGUUUUAUGUUGGAGCUAACGCUACGAUCCUCUGCAAGUCAGCUGCUGACCUUAGCCUCCUAGAAAAGGUAAGUUAAGAUAACCUUAUGACAACAUAAGAAACGCCGAUUUUUAAUUGUUAUUGAUUUUUUUAAUCAAAAUGUUGAUGAAUACAUGAGAAGGCUUUUUUAUUACACGUAAUCAACCAACUUCAUGUAAUACAAUAUAGCCCACCAAAGCGGUCUUUGUUCAAGGUGAUCGGCACCUAACUGGUGCCGAUCACCUUGGUGGUAUAGUCAUGAGGGGGGUAUCAUCGUGAUUUUAUGCCUCCCAUGUGGCUAGGCGUAAUUUGUACCUGUGUAAAAAAUAUAACCGGUAACAAAACAUUAUAAUUGUUUGUGUUUGCAACUUUCCAGACCAUAGACGAUCCUUCAACUUUAGGAUACUUUCCCAUCUCUAAGGCAGUGCUGGGAAAUGGAAUCAUAGACAUACGACUAUCUGAUAUACUCAGGUAACGCAAGGGUAGAGGGUAGGGUGAAAAUUUGCCCUCUUCCCCAGUUUUAACUCCUAAAAAAACAUGAGUUAAGAACGGGAAAAUGCUGUUCUAUUGAAGAUUCUGAGGAAUGCGUAUAGGAAAGAAUUAAAACAUUCGGACUUCCCUCAACGCGUUUUCGUCAAAUACUUCCUAGAGAAGUUUGGAAUGAGUCUCGACUGAUGGAAACAAGGGAAGGAGAGGAAAGAAUGAGAUUUUCCAUUCAAGAUCAAUACCUUAACACGAGCAUCGAGCCUACAGCAUUGCACUGUAACCAGAGAUUGUAAACAAUUUAGAAUCUGUCGACUGAAAUUAUAACUUAUCGUUCAUUUCUCUAUUUUAAGCAAAAGUAUAUGUAUUAACAGAAUUUCAUUUUUAAACUGUUUUUUAAUCGCCUACUCAAUCCUUGUCAUCCUAGUAAAAGAUUGAUUGAACAACAAAGAUUCCAAACGUUUGGGUCAUUAAAGAAACUGAACAACUUCUGACAAUUGUUGGGGUUUUCUUAUUAAUCCUCUUUAUUUUACAGGCGAUGUGAUAAAAAAGAGACGCCCUGGGAACUACUAAAGCUGGACAAUAAAUUCAAUUUUGAAGAUAUGACAAGUUACAGAGAUGUAAGUCAGUGUUCAAUGUUACGCCAUGGAGCCCUAUGUGAAAUGUAUGCGAUAACAAAUUCUGCUAUGUAGAAUGGCUUCAAAUUCUUAUUAACUUACUUGCAUCACGAGCGAGUCAAUUACGAUGCAAGGUUUACUCUAAAAUAUCAACUGAUGUUUUUAUUCAAAACAGAAAAUUCCACCGAUGGACGAAAUUCUGGCUGGAAUAAACAGCUCCAUAACAGAUAUAGAACUUGUGUCAGAUGACACCAGGAAAGCUAUUAAUGAUACGUUUACUUCUGGGGUCCAGGAGAUUGAAUUCUACAAGUUUUCAAUGGAGGUAAAGCUCUUUUUUCCAUUUCGGAGACAAUCCCGUAUUACUUUUUCCCCUUUUCUCACUUGUUUACAGAACUCAUACGUCCGACUUCCCAACAUUCUCUCCGCAUUUAUGAAAUAACUGAGAAAUGACGAGCACUCUGAUUGGUUUAAAACCUAUCAAUUAUUGUACCUGUAAACCCAUAAAAAUUUUAAUGAUAUACGUAAAAAAGUUACACGCUUCUAAGUGGCUGAAAACAAGUGCAAAGCUGUAACACGAGUGUAAACUGCCAAUAGCGCGCGCUCGCUUUCAAAAUUUCGUCUGUAGUGACUUUCUAUGGUGUUCUUCAUGCACAUUGUUGACAAGUUAUAAAAUGAUUCCUCUUGCAAUUUAGUGUUAACAAGCACUUGUAAUUUUCUGUGAAAUGAAAAACAUUAGCGUUUUUGAGACAUUUGGAUUCCUUACAACCUACUUUCAGAAGUUAGCAGAUUACACCCUAAAGAUGUUUCCUGUCUAAAAUUUGUUUCAUGUCGCCAUAAAAAUCUUUUAAAAAAUUUGUAUUUUUUCAAUUAACAGACAGGAUUGCCUCUUACAAAGAAUAGCCUUUCAUUGAACACAUUUGCGAACGAGUUGGGAACAGCAGCUGAUGGUCAAGUAAGUUACUCUGUGAUGCAAUUUGGGGUUUAGUUUGAAGACCCUAGUGGCUCCGUUACAGCCGGAGCUUUUCACGGUUUCUGUGUCAUGAAACGACAGGACAUACUGCCACUCUCCCUGGAUGGGAUGCCAGUUUAUUCGAGGUGCCCCCCCCUCCCCCACAUUUCUUCAGUUUUCCCUGACAGUUCACAAGUGGCCAUUAAUUCUCCUGAGUGGAGAGGGACCGGGUGAGAGCAAAGUGCCUUCCUCAAGAACAUUACAAAGAGAGUUCGAAUCCUGACAUUUCGAUCCAGAGUCCAGAGUCCAGAGUCCAGAGUCCGGAGUCCGGGGUCCGGGGUCCAGGGUCCAGGGUCCAGAAUCCGGAGUCUAGAGUCCAGAUAUGUCACAGUUGAUUUCAUUGUGAAAUAGAUGAACGCUAUUGAGGUGAAGCAAACAAACAAAAGUUUAUUUGAUACCAUUAACGCUUAUUUUGGGAACAGGUCUUACUCUAGGGAGACUUGGUAACUUUGAGGGAAAAUGAAAUUGAGAAAUUACCUUUGGAACGAGGAAUUUAUGGGUGGGACAGUCUCUAGGCUUAUACCCUCUAGGUUUGAUGGGUUCUUGUUAUCCUUCAGGUGAAUUCUGGAAUUUCUGGAAAACUGCGCUCUGCUAAAGAUGCUUUAAACAAUUUACACGAUGACACAAUUUUGAUAUCGCAACCGCUGGUGGUAAGCUGUUUGGCAAUUAAAAAGAAUUCUUUUCUUCCUGUUCUCGUAUUGGUUAUUCAUAGUGAUUAAUUCAUUCCUCUACUAUUGCAGUAGAAAAAGUCAUGUGAUGCCUUCUAUUUCAAUUCAUUUAUCUUCUAUGUUUUCAUAACUUUCAGGGCGAGUUAACUCAGAAAACGCAGACGUUGAUGACAAAAAACAUGAAAGUACUGGUACGAGCGAAGGCUUCUCAUGUAGUUUUAUUUGACAUUUUGUAACAGUUGCAAACUGGCUGAUUUCAUUUUGUGAAGAAAUUUUAGACCUUGUCUAGGUCCCUGGAUCUGCGCCUGUAUUAAAUGAUUCGUAAUAUAUCAAUUUCAGCGCCAUUUUCAACUGAACGUCGUGAGUGAUUCAGAUCCGCCAAUCAAAAAGGGCCUUGUGAAAAAUUAGUGUAAAAUUAAAGUUGAAACUCCCUAACUUGCCAAAAUCUAUUUUUAAAGUUGGCUCUAUCUCUGUGUUAAUUGAAUAUUCCAGUCUUCCUUCGCUAUAAAAACAGUUUGAACGAAAGUCAGCUAUUCUCGCAAACCAAAUUGCCUUAUUACUACCAAUUGAGGCUGAGUUCACACCUAUUUCAUCUUCGUUGAAAUUGUGCCGUCAACUCUUCAAAGAUUACUAUGUCUACGUGUAUGUUAAACUACUCCUAAUAAUUUUUUAUCUUAAAAUGCAUUUUCUAUACUUUUUAGAAUGACGCCAAUCAGAUUGACCUUUUCCGUGAAAGGCUGAAAACUGUUCUUGACAGCGAUGGUUUGGAACUAGCUAAUGAGGUUUGUACUUUUGUCUUUUUAUAUGGAAGAGCAGCAGUUAUCGUCGUCCUCAGAUUUGUGAUGUACUUCCGUUCGGUCGUUCAUUUUAAAAUCAACACUCGUCUCUGAUUGCUUUCAACCAUUCAAGACUAACCUGAAUUGCAUCGAUGUCCUGGGUACUUUCAAUAAGCUCAGCGUAAUGUGUAAAGCUUUACUUCCGUGCGUUUUUCUAACGGAGUGUCGGAGUAAGUCAUCAUUUGACUGAUAGAUUCAAGCCUAAAUGCAUUUUGAGAAACUUGAGUAGAUGAUUUUCAUUAAGGAAAUAACAGCCACAGCACAACAUACAACAAUUGAACCAAGUCAACAUCUAGAGACUUGUAAGCGCACAAAACCAAAUUAGUCGACAGACCUUUAAAACUGAAUCUACUGAACAUUGUUAAGUCCUAACUUUGAAUCAAAUUCCCGAUUUAUUUCACUGGGGUCGAGAUCAAUAUGUUAUCGAUUUCGUGUGAAACUAGUCUCCUCCCAAUUUUUCAACAGGCAGGAAAAAAGUCUUUGAGUCGCACACUUGGAUGGAUGGACGAAUAUUUGAAAGACUCCAUAGAUAAGGUAAAACCCUGAGAACAUUGUCCUCCCUGUAUUCAUAUACCAAAUGCAUUAGGAACCAUUGUAGCUCCAGUAAUUAAAUGUAACAAAGGCAUAAUUAACUGAUCAUUUUGUUCACUCUCUAAACCAUUUGAAAAUAAAUUUCCUUUUUGCAUGAGCUGAUUAACGCUACAAAUAGAUUCCAUGUUGUAGCGUUGAGUCAUGAUAGAUCACAGAUGGCGUAAAAAUCUAGUGGAAACGAAAGAUUAGCACAUCUGGAGGCGCAGCCGAGUGUGUCACUGAUGUUCCAUCCACAAUUUGACGUCUGCUGUGAUCUAUUUCUGUACAGACCCACGGCAACAUGGAAUAUAUUUGUAUCAUAGGAUUACAAAAAAGUGUUAGUUUUGCUGAGGUCAUCUAUGCGUCUGUCCUCCGAUAGAUUAUAAGUAAGGACCAAUCAAAAUGCGUGUAUAAUUUAUGUAAUGAGUUAUUAAUUAUGAUAUGCGCUCAGAACAUCAGAGCCACAAGCGAAUUCGUAUGGUAUAGCCUCCCUAAGCCUCCUGCAAACAACGGUAGAGCUUCCAGGCCAGUAACAUGAUUGCUACAAGUAACAACAUGAUUUCGAGUGCAAUUUGGUGUUAAUAAGCACAAGUAGAUUUUUCAAAGACAACAAAAUUGCACGAGCCCGUAGGACUCGUGUAGCACUCGUGUUACAUGAAAAAUGCACUCGUGUUUAUUGUUAUAUAGGUUAAACUCCACUGGGAAAAUAUUUUAUAACACUUUCUCUUUCUGUUAUUGAACAUUCUCUUAAGUAGCAACAGUUAAGUUUUUUUCGGUCCACUGAGAGCGUGUUUUCCUUUUUUCAAUCGUUUAUUUAGCUUCGAAAUGACGUGGGAGAUUGCCACCCAAUCAGAAAUGUCUAUGAUGUGUUAGUCUCUGAUGCAUGCGACAAUGCUGUUGGCCUUGUGGUGAGUAAAACUUCUCUGAUAAUCUAGCCAUGUUUUUUUCUUUUUGUGUUUUAGAACUGGUAAGUAAACAAGGUUGGGAGAAUUAACCUCACACCAGAGACAAAAGGAAUUGGAAUUGACGCUUAAGAAUUUCACAGCAGUCUUGAAAACGCUGGCGGAAAUAAAGAGCUAAAAUUCUGAGUGAUUUUAUAGAUCUCACUGUGAUGUCAACGCAUUAGAAUUACCGAGUGGUAAACCUCUAGUGAGGGAAAUAGGCCGUGUGAAAUUUCUUUGCUCAAAUAACCUGUAACUAUAACGGGGAGAAUUAUUUUCUUUGGACUAUAGCAAACUAUACAGAACAACUAAUUUUACGGCUCAUUUUUCUCAGAAGAUGCCAAACACAUUUUAUAGUAUAUGAAAUUCUAAACAAAGAUAUACCAUAGACUUUGAGGUGUGUUGUGUCUUCUCAGAAUGCCCUAUGGCUGUGUGUUGGUGUCAUCGCUUUGUUUUCGGUAAUUACUAUCAUCCUCUGCGUUCGUCUGGCCAAGCAUCUUCGACGAGCGAAGAGCGGUGACGAUGAUAUGUAUUCAGAGGAAAGUACAUCUAACUACGGAGUCCCUCUGAGGCUGUUUGACAAAUUCCCGAAGCUUCCCAAGAAGAAAUUUUCCUGGUAA